UGGACAGACAUGACAACAUGUUCAACAGAGCCACUGGUUGUAAAUAGACCCGCCGUCCAGUGCUGCCAACAUGUUGCAUCAAAACGCAACAUUGUUGUUUUUGUUUUCUAGCGGAAAAGUUGUGCGGUCGGAGUGCUGGUGCACAGAAAAAAAUCAAGAAAAAUUACUUAAUUAUUUGAGUGUUUUGUGUGCGUGCGCGUAUAUGUGUGUAAACGAACUAUAAAUUAAAUAAGUAUUCUGCAUUUGCAAUCGACCAAAGUUUGAAGUGUUCUUGCGUUUGCUUUAGUCUGUUGGUUUUUUUUUUAUUUUGUAUUAUUCUUUUCUGUUUUUGUUUCUGCCUGUUUGUGCGUAAUUGAGCGCGCAUUUACGAAACAAAUAAGAGAAUAACAUAUUUACUACGCAAAAUUAAUCUUUAAAUGCUGUGAAAUAAGCGAUAAAUUGGUGCCAAAUUGUUUCUCAAAACAAGUUUUGUGAGUGGAAAGAGAGUUUGCAAAUAAGUGAAAUGAUGAAAUGAUUUAAAAAAAGAGUUGAAGUUAUUGGAUGAUAAGCAACUGGUGAUUAAUCCUACCGUACCAUAUCCCCAUCACAACACUAUUCAAGCGACCGCCCUGGUUUGACUCAUCUCUGCAGAAGUACACAGAAGCAAAUACUAUAUAUAUUAAUAUAGUCAGCUGGACAACGUUUGGGAAUCCUCAGUUCGAUAUGAUGCGUUGAUGUUUUGCAACGCAUAUAGACUUGGAUUCUGAAGUUUUUCUUUCUACUGCCUGCCAUAGCUGCUGCCUGCGAUAACUGAAAAUGAUGUUAGCACUUAAACUGAUCGUUUGGCUGCCAUUGCUAAGUCUAGUCUCAGCCGAAAUCAUUGAAGUGAAAGAUUUAGAUGGACCCAAUAUAUGCAAAAGGCGUGAAACUUAUACCGUUGAGGUAGUUACGACUGAACUGCAACCUUAUCAGCAGCGUGGCUCUACGUGGUGUAUCAGUGUACCACCCAGAUGCUCCACCUAUAGCAUCAAACAGAGAGUGAUAAAUAAGACACAAACCUUAAACAAAGUUCGCAUUGUGAGAGACUGUUGCGAUGGCUAUGUGGAGAGAGGAAAUGAGUGUGUUCCGCACUGUUCGGAGCCAUGUGACCAUGGCAGAUGCAUUGCACCCGAGAAAUGUAAAUGCGAUCAUGGCUAUGGAGGACCUGCCUGUGACAUAAAUUGUCCGCCAGGUCUCUAUGGACGAGACUGUAAGAUGCAAUGCGACUGCCUGAAUAAUGCCACCUGUGAGCCAUAUAGCGGCGAAUGUCUUUGCGCCAAGGGCUAUACGGGAUUACGAUGCGGUGACAAAUGUCCGCCCCAGCGUUAUGGUGCCAAAUGUCUGGAGGAAUGUCGCUGUGAGAAUGGCGGUAGCUGUGACCAUAUCUCUGGCGAAUGUAUCUGUGCCCCUGGCUACAGAGGUCCCUUAUGCGAUAUGAGUUGUCCGGACGGAAAGCAUGGGGCUCAGUGUCAGCAGGAUUGCCGCUGUCAAAACGAUGGAAAAUGCGACCCGGAGACUGGAGCCUGCAUAUGCCGGCCAGGCUGGACGGGUGAGGUGUGCGCCAACAAGUGCCCUGUGGGCAGCUAUGGCCCUAACUGUGAGCAGACCUGUGAGUGCUACAAUGCUCCGUGCCAUCACAUUACGGGUCAGUGUGAGUGCCCAGCCGGUUACAGCGGCGAGAGAUGUGUGGACGAAUGCCCCAUUAAUACAUACGGAUUGAAUUGCACUCAGCAAUGUCAAUGUGAGAAUGAUGCCACCUGCGAUAGAUCGACUGGUGCUUGUAUUUGUGCUCUCGGCUGGCGGGGUGAGCACUGCGAGGAGAGAAUUUGUGAGAUUAACAAAUUUGGCGAUGAUUGCAACAAGACGUGUGAAUGCGAAAUGGAGCAUACAGAUCUAUGCCAUCCGGCAACCGGACGUUGUCUGUGCAAGGUCGGUUGGAGCAGUGCCCAAUGUACCCGGCCCUGUGCCUUCUUGCGCUAUGGCCUCAAUUGUGAACAGAGCUGCAACAAUUGCAAGAAUGGAGCCAAAUGUUCGCCCAUCGAUGGCACUUGCUUGUGUGCGCCUGGCUUCACAGGAGUCAAUUGCACCGAAAUCUGUCCACCCAAUAUGUAUGGACAAGAUUGUGCUCUGAAAUGUGAUUGCCAGAAUGGAGCGAAAUGUAUGCCCGAGACGGGGCAGUGUCUGUGUACGCCCGGCUGGAAGAAUCUCAAAUGCGAUAGACCCUGUGAUCUCAAUCAUUUUGGACCGGAAUGCCAUAAUGUGUGCGAUUGUCAUAAUAAUGCCGCAUGCAAUCCCCAAAAUGGUACUUGCACCUGUGCCGCCGGCUGGAAGGGUGAACGAUGUGACCAAAAAUGUGAUACAGGAUCCUUUGGGCAUGAGUGUGCCCAGAAAUGUCAGUGUGAGAUGGACAAUAGCAUAGCCUGUGAUGCGGCCAAUGGGAAAUGCAUUUGCAAGCAUAAUUGGGGAGGCGUUCAUUGUGAGACCAACUGUACGACCGGUUACUAUGGUGAAAAUUGUGAUAAAGUUUGCAGAUGCUUGAACAACUCCUCAUGCGACCCGGAAACUGGCAAUUGUAUAUGCUCGGCCGGCUGGACCGGAGAGGAUUGUGCCGAUCCCUGUCCCGUUGGUUUCUACGGCAUGAUGUGCCAAGAGCGAUGUCCCGAAAUAUUGCACGGCAACAAGAGCUGCGAUCAUAUUACUGGUGAGAUCCUUUGCCGCACUGGAUACCUGGGACUCACCUGUGAGCAUCCCUGUCCUGCUGGUCUCUAUGGACCUGGCUGCAAAUUCAAAUGCAAUUGCGAGCAUGGUGGCGAAUGUAAUCACAUUACGGGCCAAUGUCAGUGCCUGCCCGGCUGGACGGGUGCCAAUUGCAAUGAAUCGUGUCCAAAGGAUACAUAUGGUCAGGGUUGUGCCCAGCACUGUCGUUGUGUCCAUCAUCAGGCCUGCCGUAAAAUUGAUGGCAUGUGCAUUUGCCUCAAAGGCUGGACAGGCACACGCUGUGAUGAGGUCUGCCCAGAGGGUUUCUAUGGUGAACAUUGCAUGAAUCAGUGUGCUUGUCCUUCAUCCAAUUUCCAAUGUCAUGCGGCCAAUGGUUGCGUCUGCCGUAGUGGUUAUACCGGAGAGAAUUGUGAUGAGCUGGUUGCCUCGCAACGGGUGGCCAAGGCGGAAACUGAAUCCAAUCGCGCCAGUGUGGCCGUGACAAUUGUGCUUCUAAUGCUCUUCGCCUUCAUCAUUUUUGCCGUAUUCUUCUACUAUCGGCGACGUGUAUCGAAUUUGAAGACGGAGAUCGCUCAUGUACACUAUACACAUGAUACGAAUGGUUCCACCUGGCCACCGAAUACACACAAUUUCGAUAAUCCCGUCUAUGAUAUACAGCCCGAAACGCGUUUGCUGCCCAACAAUAUGCGCCCAAAGAUGAAUAACUUUGAUCACAAUGGUUCCUUAAAUGGAGCCAAUAACUCUUGUGGUGAUAACUCUAAUGCCAGCGGUAGAGUGGGCAGCUAUUCCAUACAAUAUAAUCAGGAAUUGCUUAAUAAGAAUCUAAAUGCUGAUAUGACAAAUCCAAAUGUUUAUAAUGCCAUUGGCGAUACGUUGAAGGAAGAGCAUGUCUAUGAUGAGAUCAAGCACAAAGAGGGCUACAAGGAUCCCGUGAAAAUCUAUAGCAAAAUAUUAUUUCCAGAGGAUGAAUAUGAUCAUUUGGACUACUCACGACCAAGCACUUCGCAGAGACCGCAUUAUCAUCGCAUGAACGACACAAUGCUUAAUAUCAAUCACGAUGAGGAAAAGCCGAGUAAUCUAAAGAACAUGAAUGUGCUAUUGCCUCCAGUGGAGCUGCCAGCAGUCACCGAGGCACAAGCUGGGCCACAGCAAGAUAGCUUUGAUAAUACCAAUGUGGAUAAUGAUAAUGUUUCGACAGCAUCGCCCAGUUCCAGUCCGGAGUUUCGGAAAUAAGCCAACGAUACAAAACAAAUCUAAAACGAAUUGAACAAGUCAAUAUGCUCGUUGUAUAGAAUUUAAGUUUUAAAAUGUAUUUGUAUUGUUUUUUUUUUUCCUAUGUCUAUAUACAUAUAUAUUGAGAUAUAUUUUUAAGUGAAAUUUUGUAGCCUAAUUUAUUCACUAGCAUUUUAGUUAUGUAUUUGUAAUUGUAUACAUAUAUUUUUAAUGGCAUUUGUUUGUCCCCUUAAAAACAAAAAAAAACAAAAAAAAUUCAAAAAAAAAAUUAACAACAAAAUCGAUCUGUAAUUAUUUUUUGCUCAGCAUUCUGACAUGUGCUCACAAUCAAUUGUAAAUUUCGUUUCAUAAAUUAGAUUGAUCCCAGACUCUUGUAAAUUUUUGUUUAUUACAUUUCUGUGUCUUGUAUGUUUUGUGAAUGUCAUAACAAGUUUCUUAUUUUUAUUAUACUUACAUACAUAAUAUAAUAAGUACCUAAUCACCUCUUCCUGUUAAUGAAAAUGAAAAAAAAAAAAAAAACAAAAUUGAGCCGUUUCAAAAAAUUUGUGAGAAUCUCUAAGAGAAACUUACUCUAAAUUUUUCAACGGCCCCGUAUCCAAAGGUUGCAAUAAUUUUGAGCAUAUACAUGAUAUCAAUAGAAAAUAAGCAUAUAUCGUAUUUAUAUAUAUAUAUAUAUUUUUUAAUAAGAUGCAUAUAUAUUUUAUGUAUUGAUUAAAUGGGAGUAAUUUAAAACCUCAACAUUCUAUGUAUGAAAAAAUCAACCCAUUUUAUUUUGUGUGAGAAUCUGUUAUAUCAAGAAAACAAUUGGCCAAAACUAUUAGCUCAUAAUUGGUUUGAACAAAACAAAUAUAUAUCAUAAAUAUACAUACAUACAAUAUCUAUACAUAUAUACAUACAUAUACAUAAAUGGUAGUGCAAAAUAAAUAAUUAUUUUGUUUUGAUAUUUGAGAACAAUUCGAGAGAAAGUUAAGUUGUGUGUUUUUCUCCCCCUUGUCUGGUAGUCUAUUAUAUUUUAAUAUGAUCUAAAUAGAUUUAUAUACCGAUAUAUAUAUUAUUGUUCAUAUACAAAAAAGUUCAUCUUUGAAAGUGAAAUAAAAAAUGCAUAAUUUUUACCCAUUACAACAA